UAACCGUCCAUAACUAUAACUCCUUCACAUCCCAACAAAUCCCAAAAGCUAAAUCACAGAGACGAAGAUAACUAAAUUCCCACUCUUGAUUCCUAUUCAGUUUAUUGAAGAUGGUUUCUUACGAGUACGUUCUGGGUGGGUUGUUAGCUUCAUUGCUGGGCUCUGUUUUCUUCAUGAUCAUCAGUACUACACUUGGUGGAAACAAAAAGGUCAAGGCUUUAAGUGGAGGAGUCAAGAGUAAUGGGUUUGGAAAUGGUGAGUUUCAGCCGGAAAUGGAGGAAGAGAAAAGUACAGACGUCGUCAUUGUAGGCGCCGGAGUUGCCGGUGCAGCUCUUGCUUACACUCUUGCCAAGGAAGGACGCCACGUACAUGUCAUUGAAAGAGACUUGAGUGAGAUGGAUAGAAUUGUUGGGGAGCUGUUGCAGCCUGGGGGCUAUCUCAAAUUGAUUGAGUUGGGUCUUGAGGACUGUGCAAAUGAGUCCAUUGAUGCUCAGAAAGUGUUUGGCUACGCUCUUUACAAAGAUGGGAAGGACACAAAACUGUCUUAUCCCUUGAAAAAAUACAGUUCAGAUGUGGCUGGCAGAAGUUUUCACAACGGACGUUUCAUCCAAAGAAUGCGUGAAAAAGCAACAACUCUAUCUAAUGUAAAAUUGGAACAGGGAUCAGUUACAACACUAAUCGAAGAAAAGGGCAUUGUCAAAGGUGUAAUUUACAAGAACAAAGCUGGAGAGGAGAUGAGAACAUAUGCUCCACUAACAGUCGUCUGUGAUGGUUGCUUUUCAAAUCUGCGCAAAUCUCUCAGUGCUCCAAAGGUUGAAAGUCCAUCUUGUUUUGUUGGUUUGAUCUUGGAGAACUGUGAGCUUCCACAUGCAAAUCAUGGACAUGUCAUUUUGGGAGAUCCUUCACUCAUCCUGUUUUAUCCUUUCAGUUCCACUGAGGUUCGUUGUUUGGUGGAUGUACCUGGAACAAAAGUACCUUCAGUUGCUAGUGGUGAAAUGGUUAAAUAUUUGAAAAGCAAGGUGGCUGCUCAGAUUCCGCCUCAGCUCUACAAUGCUUUUAUGGCUGCUAUCGACAAGGGAAAUAUCAGAACAAUGCAAAACAAAAGCAUGGCUGCUAAUCCUCUUCCCACUCCUGGUGCAAUUUUAUUGGGGGAUUCGUUCAACAUGAGGCAUCCAUUAACAGGAGGAGGAAUGACUGUGGCUCUUCCAGACAUUGUCCUUCUCCGCAAUCUUCUUAGACCUCUACAUGAUCUGAAUGAGGCACCUGCUUUGUGCAACUACCUUGAGUCAUUCUACACAUUGCGUAAGCCCGUGUCAUCCACCAUAAACACAUUGGCAGGUGCUUUAUAUAAGGUGUUUUGUGCAUCACCUGAUCAGGCAAGACAGGAAAUGCGUGAAGCAUGUUUCGGCUAUUUGAGCCUUGGAGUCAUCUGUUCAUAUGGACCAGUAUCUCUUCUCUCUGGUCUUAACCCUCGUCCACUUCACCUAUUUCUCCAUUUCUUUGCUGUUGCUAUCUAUGGUGUUGGGCGCUUGAUGCUUCCAUUCCCUUCUCCUCAACGCACAUGGCUUGGGGUUAGAUUGAUCUUGAGUGCAUCAGACAUUAUAUUCCCCAUAAUAAAGGGUGAAGGAGUUAGACAGAUGUUUUUUCCUGCCACAGUGCCAGCAUAUUACAGAUCCCCUCCUAUUCAUUGAAGAAAUCCAAACAAGCAUGUCUUUAGAGAAAAAUUGGUACCCAGAUUCUUAUAUUUUCUUGAUUUGAUAGACCAAUUUGUGUAUGAUCGAUCAAAUCAGAAGCAUUAAUUUCAUCUAGGAAGGAAAGAUCAAGAUGAAAAUUAUGUUCUUGGUUCUUUUUCAGAUUUGUUGUUCUGCUAGAGAUCCAUGAAACCUUGUACAA